AUGGCGGAGAUCCCGGUGAUCGACCUGCGCCUCGCCGGCUCGUCGCCCGAGGAGUCCGCGCGGCUGCGUGCCGCGUGCGAGCGCCUGGGCUGCUUCCGGGUGACUGGCCACGGCGUGCCCGCGGGGCUCCUGGCCGAGAUGAAGGCCGCCGCGCGCGCGCUCUUCGACUUCCCCGACGACGCCAAGCGCCGCAACGCCGACGUCAUCCCCGGCAGCGGCUACGUGCCGCCCAGCGCCGCCAACCCGCUCUACGAGGCCUUCGGGCUCCUCGACGCCGCUGCGCCCGCCGACAUCGACGCCUUCUGCGCGCGCCUCGAGGCGCCGCCCCGCGUCAGGGAGACAGUCAAGACCUACGCGGAGAAGAUGCACGACGUGAUCGUUGGCGUCGCCGGCGAGCUGGCCUCCAGCCUGGGGCUGGAGGAGCACUCGUUCCAGGACUGGCCGUGCCAGUUCCGCAUCAACCGGUACAACUACACGCAGGAGACGGUGGGCUCCUCCGGCGUGCAGACCCACACGGACUCGGGCUUCCUCACCGUGCUCCAGGAGGACGAGUGCGUGGGCGGCCUCGAGGUGCUGGACCCCGCCACCGGCGAGUUCGUGCCCGUGGACCCCGUCGCGGGCUCCUUCGUCGUCAACAUCGGCGACGUCGGCACGGCGUGGAGCAACGGGAGGCUGCACAACGUGAAGCACCGGGUGCGGUGCGUCGCGCCCGUGCCCCGCAUCUCCAUCGCCAUGUUCCUGCUCGCGCCCAAGGACGACGGCGUGAGCGCCCCGGAGGCGUUCGUUGACGCGGACCACCCGCGCCGCUACAAGGCGUUCAACUACGACGACUACCGGAGGCUCCGGCUGUCCACCGGCGAGCGCGCAGGCGAGGCGCUCGCGCGGAUGGCGGCGUGA